AUGUCCGCCAGGCAGAGAAACAACUUCAAGUCCCUCGCCGAUCACCAACAAGAUGUGCGCUAUCUCAAGGAGGACACCAUUGCCCGGUUCUUGGAGCUGCCCGACAUUCUCGGGGUUUCGCCUGUCAUAUUCCAGAUGCUCUCGUACAUAGGCGCAUUCCCCUUCCUGGAAGACGCACCGGCCGUCUUAAGUUUUGAGCAAAUGAUCAUGGUUGUCGCCAUCAUGACGGAGAGGUACACCAAGAUACUGGCCAAGGGAGCAGCAACUAGGAGGAAGCUCCUUUUCAAGAGUUUGGCAGUAUACGAUCGCAAAUUGUCGGAGAUUGAGAAGCCAGCCACAGAGCCGAAGCCCAGUCAAAAUGGAAGCAACGGCAGUAACGGCAGUAACGGGAAUAAGAUGACCCAGGCUCUUGGGUUCGCCGUGGACGAAGCGGGAGAGGAUCCGGAAGACGAUGCAGUGGAUGACGACGAGCUUGUCCUGGCUGCUCUCGACUCGCUGGAUCUCAACGACGCAUUCAAAACGGGAGAUGCUCACGCGGCCACGACGCAUGGUGCCAUGAUACCAGCAGAUAAUUUUCGCAGAUUGAUCAUGCUCCUCUUGUUGAUUGCGCCGAUGGACCCCCAAGAGCGCCUGUCAACUUUUGCGCCGCGGGUCGCUGGUGACGAGUUAGAAAGCUUACGGACCACUGCGGAGAAUAUCCUUUCGGCAUUUUUAAAUGUGGAAAAGUCACCUGGUAUAACGUUCCACCAUUUCGACGAGAUUGUACAAGGCUGCUUCCCUUAUCUGUUCCAUGGUUUCAAUGCCCUAUUCGAGCAUUUCCUAUUCUCAAAGAACUUGGACUUGAAUAAGCGAAAGGGCAGCGUGCCAAAAGCAGAACCCCAUGCAAUCCCACCGCCACCACUAUUGCACGACAAAGGGCGCAUACUGAACAUCAAUGUUUUGUCGCAAUUGUCCUUCUUCAUUUCCGGAGACGAGUUGUUCAGGCGCUUGCGCUUAUUGUACUCUGGUGCAGAAGCUGGUUUCUCCAUGGGAAGCUUUGCGACCAAAGUCUUCAACUGGCGCGCUCCUACCAUCCUCCUGGUGACUGGUACCAGAAUUGAUGACUCUGCCCGGCAUGGUGGAGCGGAAGCGCAUUUCCUGGAUACGAUACCACCGAAACGGUUUCCUAAUGGCAGUCCAGACAGCCGAGAGCGCGUCACCUUUGGAGCACUCAUACGUCAGCCCUGGCAGCACACCAAUAGGGAAUGCUUUGGAGGUGACGACAUGGUGCUAUUCCAGCUUGGGCCUGUUCAUGACGUCUUCAAAGCUUCAGCUUUCAACAAAGACUACGUUGCCUACACCAAACCCCCCAAUGUCAAUCCAGGUAUCACCAUUGGAUGCCCUGUUCCAAAGACUGGACAAGCUUCGCGCCACGAGAGUCUCCGUGCUCUAGGACCAGUAUCGUUGAUCAUUGAUUCGAGCUUCGAGUUUGGCGUCUUCACUCAUGACUACACUUCUCGAGGAGGCGCCUUCUCCACCAGCAUCUCCAGAAAAUUUGACUUUCAGGACCGGUUCGAGAUUGAUGACAUUGAGGUUUGGGGCUGUGGCGGCGAUGCCGAGGCGAAAGUGCAAAGAGAGAGGUGGGAAUGGGAGGCAAGGGAAGCCGAGGCCAGAAGGCGAGUCAACCUGGGCACAGGCGAUGUCGCAGCUGACAGGGCACUUUUAGAAAUGGCUGGACUCAUCGGGGCAAAUAGAAGCGGCGGCUCCAUGGCAUGA